AACAAACCCCGUGGUGGUUCGAGGCAUAACAGGCUGAUCUGGGAUCCUCUCAGGCCAGGCUUCCUUGUGCAAGUGUCUAAAGCAGUUAUGGAAACUGUUCCUGAACUCAACUGUGAAAUGACGCCUUUUGACAGGUCAGUGGGAACUGGAGAGUGGUCCAGCACUCUGCUUUCAAGAAUGGAAGGUUGUCUACUUUCAGAGGCAAGAGUGGCCCCAACUCAUCGCCUUCAAUGGCUAUCAGAGUUCAAGCAACCUGGCUUAAAGACUGAUUUCUCACCCCAAGCCCAUCCUGGGGACUUAGGUGCUGUCACUUCAGAGACUCCUGCAGAUGCAAUGGAAAUAAAAACUUCCACAUGGACAGUAGAGGAGACCCUUUUGCAAAGUCUGGCUUGGAAGCAAGGGCAUAGAGCUCAGACUUCAGCUAACUCUGCUAGUCUAGAAUUUAGGUGUCAGAAGUCAACAGAGAGCACCCAGAGCACCCACUUACCUGGCCCAGAAUCUGCUUCUAGACUGUUGCUUACGUAACACUGUAGAACUUGCCAGAAGUCUUCAGGAAGUUUUGAGUGUCGUACUAUGUGUGGUUUUAUUAGCAAUGAAAGUCUGUCUGAUCAGUAUUGAUAAGGAGCUAUCACUUGACCACGUCUAUUUUCAUUACAGUGAUGAGAAUGACCUAUUCUUUGAGGUUGAUGGACCCCCAAAAAUGAAGGGAUGCUUCCAAGCCCCUGACCCGGGCUGUCCAGAUGAUGAGACAAUCCAGCUUCAAAUUUCGCAGCAGCAUCUCAACAAGAGCUUCAGGCAGGCAGUGUCACUCAUUGUGGCUGUGGAGAAGCUAUGGCAGCUACCUGUGUCUUGCCCAUGGACCUUACAGGAAGAGGAUCUGAGAACCUUCUUUUCCUUCAUCUUUGAAGAAGAGCCCAUCCUCUGUGAUUCAUGGGAUGAUGAUGAUGACCUGUUACUGUGUGAUGUUACCAUUAGACAGCUGCACUACACGCUCCGAGAUGAACAACAAAAAUGCCUUGUGCUGUCUGACCCAUGUGAGCUAAAAGCUCUCCACCUCAAUGGACAGAAUAUAAACCAACAAGUGGUAUUCUCCAUGAACUUUGUACACGGAGAAACAAGUAACCACAAAAUACCUGUGGCCUUGGGUCUCAAAGGAAAGAACCUAUACCUGUCCUGUGUAAUGAAAGACGGCACACCCACCCUGCAGCUGGAGAGUGUGGACCCCAAACAAUACCCAAAGAAGAAGAUGGAUAAGCGGUUUGUCUUCAACAAGAUAGAAAUCAAGACCAAAGUGGAGUUUGAGUCUGCACAGUUCCCCAAUUGGUUCAUCAGCACCUCUCAAGCAGAACACAAACCUGUCUUCCUGGGAAACAACAGUGGUCAGGACAUAAUUGACUUCACCAUGGAAUCCGUGCCUUCCUAAAGCUGGGCAGUUUCUAAUGCCUUCCCCAGGACAUGUUAAGGGGCUCCCUUGUCAUGAAUGAGCAGACAGCUCAAUCUCCAGGGGAAUCUUUAGUCCUCUUGCCAAGCCAGGUCUCUCAGAGGCAUGAGAAACCAUGGCACAUUCUGUUCAAAGAAAGCCUGUGUUUUCCUCCUUGUCUCUGAUAGGCAACCACUUACCUAUUUAUUUAUGUAUUUAUUGAUUGGUUGACCUAUUUAAGUUGAUUCAAGGAGACAUGAGGCAGCAUUGUCUACAAUCUCGUUGUCAAUGUGUAUGAGAUAAAUUGAGUUUGGACCAGUUCACAGCCUGCACUGAGUGCCUUCAUUGAAGCUGGGAAUAAAUAGGUUCCUGUUAUGUGCAUGAGAAUGUUUAUGAAUGAAGAACUAGCACAUCGUUUUGAUGAAUAUGAAAUAAAUUUCA